AUGGCCGAGGUCCUCUCGACGGAUGCCCGCCAAUACUACGUGGACGAGUCCAAGGAGGCAUACGAACAAGCCCUGUCCAUCGCCCAAAACUUUGCUGUGAACGACACUGGGCGACUUGGCCUGGCUCUCAACGCCUCGGUCUUUUACUACGAAAUACUGGAGGAGAAGGACAAGGCCUGCAGUCUGGCCAAAAUGACCUUCGAUGAGGCCAUUGAGUCCUUGGAUGAUUUGACUGGGUUUUUGAAUUCGGAGGUGUCUUUGAUCCUUCAACUAAUUCAAGAUAAUUACAAAAACUGGACUGACAAGAAGGAUGGGUGGAAAUAA